ACCUGGGCUAUUUAUAUCAUAGCAAGGCAAAGCAGUCCAGCUCGAGGCCUAAACCGCAACCCAAAACCCAAAACCGUCCGAAGCUUCGCUGCUUCAGCGACCAAGGACGCCAAGAUAGGGUCGGAAACCCCCGCCGCCGACGGCGUCGGCGACGCCGUCCGCAAGCGGCCCAGCGGCGGCGAUGCCCCCGCGCCGGCGCCCGCCGAGAAGCGCCGGCGCCCGGAGCCCCCGUCCUCCUCGGGCUCCCGCGACCGCCGCCCGUCCUCGGCCGUGGAGAAGGUGCGCGCCUCCCACAUCCUGAUCAAGCACGAGGGCUCCCGCCGCAAGGCCUCGUGGCGCGACCCGGACGGCGUCGCCAUCUCCGCCACGACCCGCGACGACGCCGCAGACCUCGCGCGCGCGCUCCGCGAGCAGAUCGUCUCCGGGGAGCGCAAGUUCGAGGACGUAGCCGCCGAGAACUCCGACUGCAAUUCUGCCAAGCGAGGCGGUGACCUCGGCUCAUUUGGGAGGGGUAAGAUGCAAAAGGCUUUUGAGAAAGCUGCUUUUGCUCUGAAGGUUGGGGAGAUAAGUGAUGUGGUUGAUACAGAGAGCGGGGUGCAUAUCAUCAAGAGGACUCGCUAAUUGCGCUGCCAUCUCCUAUCUGAAUCCAUAUACGCUGGAAACUGGAAUAUGCCCUAAAGAAGCUCCAUGGUUUCUUGCUUCGUUGAUGAACUUGUGCAUGUACUCUCUCAUGAGCUUGAGAAUUGAGAUGUUUUAGUUCCUUUUGUAACUUUAUGUGGCAGACAUCUAGUUCGGAAUGGUGCUCACGGCAAGAUGGAAUCAUAGUGUUUGAGUAUGACAGGAUUUUAUGUUGAUUGUGCCAAUGCCAUUCUUCA